CUAGGGACUGUGUCUCCCCUCGUCCAUCUACUCUCCAGCCGGCUGCCCGCCCGCUGCCUCCUCCGUGCACCCGUCCAGCCUCGCCCACGUCGCCACCAUGAGCCAGGCCUACUCGUCCAGCCAGCGCGUGUCCUCCUACCGCCGCACCUUCGGUGGGGCCCCGAGCUUCUCGCUCGGCUCCCCGCUGAGCUCGCCCGUGUUCCCUCGAGCAGGCUUUGGCACCAAGGGCUCCUCGAGCUCGGUGACAUCCCGCGUGUACCAGGUGUCGCGCACGUCGGGCGGGGCUGGGGGCCUGGGGUCGCUGCGGACCAGCCGGCUGGGGGCGACCCGCGUGCCCGCGCCCUCCUCCUACGGCGCGGGCGAGCUGCUGGACUUCUCCCUGGCCGAUGCUGUGAACCAGGAGUUCCUAACCACACGCACCAACGAGAAGGUAGAGCUGCAGGAGCUCAAUGAUCGCUUUGCCAACUACAUUGAGAAAGUGCGCUUCUUGGAGCAGCAGAAUGCCGCGCUCGCUGCGGAGGUCAACCGGCUCAAGGGCCGCGAGCCCACGCGCGUCGCCGAGCUGUAUGAGGAGGAGAUGCGUGAGCUACGGCGUCAGGUGGAGGUGCUCACCAACCAGCGUGCCCGAGUGGACGUCGAGCGAGAUAACCUGAUCGAUGACCUGCAGCGGCUCAAGGCCAAGUUGCAGGAGGAAAUCCAGCUGAAAGAAGAAGCAGAGAACAAUUUGGCUGCCUUCCGAGCGGAUGUAGAUGCAGCCACUCUGGCUCGAAUUGACUUGGAGCGCAGAAUUGAAUCUCUCAAUGAGGAAAUUGCGUUCCUUAAGAAAGUGCAUGAAGAGGAAAUCCGAGAGCUACAGGCCCAGCUUCAAGAACAGCAGGUCCAGGUGGAGAUGGACAUGUCCAAGCCAGACCUCACAGCCGCCCUCAGAGACAUCCGGGCUCAGUACGAGAGCAUCGCGGCUAAGAACAUCUCUGAAGCUGAGGAGUGGUACAAGUCCAAGGUGUCAGACCUGACCCAGGCAGCCAACAAGAACAAUGAUGCACUGCGCCAGGCUAAGCAGGAGAUGAUGGAAUACCGACACCAGAUCCAAUCCUACACCUGUGAGAUUGACGCCCUCAAGGGCACUAAUGAUUCCCUGAUGAGGCAGAUGCGGGAGCUGGAAGAUCGCUUUGCUAGUGAGGCCAGUGGCUACCAGGACAAUAUCGCACGCCUGGAGGAGGAGAUACGGCACCUCAAGGAUGAAAUGGCCCGCCAUCUGCGCGAGUACCAGGACCUGCUCAAUGUGAAGAUGGCCCUGGAUGUGGAGAUUGCCACCUACCGGAAACUACUGGAGGGCGAGGAGAGCCGGAUCAACCUCCCUAUUCAGACCUUCUCUGCUCUCAACUUCCGAGAAACCAGCCCUGAGCAAAGGGGUUCUGAAGUUCAUACCAAGAAGACUGUGAUGAUCAAAACCAUUGAGACCCGGGAUGGGGAGGUUGUCAGUGAGGCCACACAGCAGCAACACGAGGUGCUCUAAAGCCAUAGAGCCUCAGAUAACAUCCGGGCCCUAUCCUCACUGCCUCCUGAAACCUGCCUCUUUCAUCCUGGGAUGCUGCACCUAACCACUUUCCUCCCCUCACAGCCUCUGACCCCUCCUCACUGACCACCCCUCAUGGGCCCUAUCUCGCCCAGCCCCAGGGAGCACCCAAACCACCUCUGCAGACCCCACAUUAAGUCCUGGCUUUUGGAAGUGGGUGAGCCUGGCUCUUACGUCAUGGAGCCCUGCCCAAGUCAUGAUGCUGUCCCCCUACUUCCCUGACCUCAGGCUCUAGCCUCUGACUUUGGAGAGAGCCCCAGAGCAGGGUGUUGGGAUCCACAGGGUAUUGGGACCUGGGGUGGGCUUAGAAAGCAGGGGCUGCAAGAGGGAACCCCGGAAGGUGCUGGAUGUGGGAGUAGGAAAUGCAGAAGGAGAGAGGAUGGGUGAGAUGCUGAAGAGGAGAGGAGAGAGAGAGGCAGAUUGUGGGCUUAGGCUGGCAGGAGGGCAUCACCUCCCCAUGCCUGCCCCUCCCCCUGCAGGGGCUCUGGACAGAACAAUAAAGAGAUGAGCACAAGCCUGCAUGACCCCUGCUGUGUUGAC